UUUACUGCCGCGACGGUUCGUAUUAUCGCCCACUUUCAAACUCUUGCUCAAAUUCAACAGGUCUAUUCUCACAGAUAAAUACUACAGACGCUUUUCUGAGGACUUCCGUUUGUGGCUGAGUGAUCUGGAGCAGCCUGCCAUCAGACUAUCACUCAGUGUACCUACCACGAUGCAACAGGAGGCUCAGGUACCCGCCCCCUCUGAUGCAACAGGUUCCCCACAACCAACUGGAAGCAUCGGAAACAUGGGCACAGUCAGCGGGAACAACAACCCUACCAUUGUUGGUUCAAGUGGAGUAAAUAUCAAUUACAACUUCCCGUUGGAGGGACCUGGAUUGCCUGCAUCAAGACCUCAGCUUAGUCAGAGCCCGGACCAAGACCCAAGGCUGGGGGCUCCUAGCUACCAAGAAGCUGGUAACAAGAUUAGGGACAUUUUGAAGGGAGUUUAUAAAACAACAGGCAGUUACGUGCAGUUGCUGCCUAGGGUGGAUAAUGACCAAAUGCACAUAGCUGGUAUAUACACAAAAGUACAGUUAGAAACACUGGAAGGGGUAGCAGUUGUUACUGGACAGAAAAGAGAAUCUGUAAACUCAACAGAGUAUGCAAAAAUAUUCCUACUAACAACAAGAACUGGGGAACUCAUAAAACGCCUCAUUUUCUUUGGCAUGGGAGGUGUUGGGAAGUCAACCAUUUUUGAUAAGAUUGCAUACGACUGGGCAGAGGGGAAAGACGAAUUCCUGAAAAGAUUCAAGCUUGUCUUUCUUUUAAAGAUGUGUGCUCUGUUCCAAGAAUCCGAUCUUGUUGAUUCCAUUUUAGAUCAACUUCUAGACGAAGAUUCGGGAAUAACAGAACAUGAGCUUGAUACAGUCAUCCAGGCUAACUCAAAUGAGGUCUUGGUUCUUUUGGAUGGGUUUGAUGAAAUGAAGACCAAAACACUCAAAGCAGCCUCUUUCGGUUCUGUCCUAAAAGCACUCAAUAGAAAAAAAUACCGUGAAUGUUGCAUCUGUGUAUCAACGCGCCCCUCUCGUCUUGAGACACUGAUGUCAACAUCACUUGUCCAAAAUCCUUGCACACACGUGGAGGUUCUGGGGUUUACCGACGACGAUGUUCAGGAAUACGUUCGGAAAUUCUAUGAAACAACAGAUCUUGAUAGUGGCAAAGCACUAAUCCAAACCAUCGGAAAGUCCAACACGCUGCGUGAUUUUGCGACAAAUCCUAUGUUGCUACUUCUUAUGUGCCUAUUGUGGAGGGAGAGUCAACAACUCCCAGAAACAACUUCACGUCUCUUCACUAAGGCAGUUAAUUACAUGUUCACAAGAAAAGACGAGGACAAGAAGAGAGUAUCAGAUGCAAACGUACCAAACGUAUCAAAAACAUUGAAUGCAAUUGGUCAAACUGCGCUGCGUGGACUCAUGAGUGCCAACCAGACUUUCGCAUUUCAAAAAGAUGAGUUUAAACCGAAGGCACUGGACUUGGCACUAAAGGCAGGCAUCCUGACCCAGCAGAGAGUUAUCAAAAACCUUGCACCCCACAACAAUAUACAGUUCAUGCACAAGACUAUGCAGGAAUACUGUGCUGCAAAUUACUUGCAGAAAAUCAUCUGCAGGUCAGACAGCCGCACAGAACAACUGGCACGCAUUGAGACUAUUCAGGUUUUUCGCGUGUCUCGAUAUCCGGUCAGUGAUUUAGCUGUCGCCCUAGGUUACAUGGAAAACCUCACGGAUCUGAGGCUUGAGAAAUGUUCUUUAGUGAAGGGCGAUCUAGAGAAAACCACGUCCUCGAUAUGCAGCCAACGCUUGACCAGUCUUGACAUAGUUGGUUGCAAUACACUGGGAGCUACUUAG